AGUGAAUUGCGUACGGUUUGAUCUCUAAGUAAAGAUAUAAAAACAAUGGAAAAGUUAAUUAUCUCUAUUCUCGCCGUGCAACUAUGCACAACUUCAUUUUUAUCUUUAGCUCGUCCAAUCCGGACUGUUCCUCACAACUCUCCGUCGUUAUCGUCUACGAAUGUUGCGAUGAACCUACCAUCUGUUGAGUCCGAUGAUGUCAAGGUUUCAUUCGACGCUCUUGAAGCGACCGGCACAAGUAAAGAUACUAUUCGAUAUGAGCCUUCAUGGGAUGGUAGUGAUGCCGCAUCUAAAGCAGUUGCCGACAUUGAAUCCGCUCUCAGCGAGGCAGGUGAUUCUAGCUCUCUGCUGGAAGAAGGAACUAGUGCUGGUGGUGGUGGCGGGUCACUUCUUCCUGAACACUCGUACCCGAGUUUGGUGCGCGAAGAAAGGAUCGUCGAGGUAGAAGAACCUCACGGUCUUCUUUCUACGCUUGCCUAUUACCAAGACAAUGUUGAACCUGACGUCUAUGAUUCAGUUUCUGAUGCGGAGACCAAGUUGCCUUCAACACGAGGGUCUUUCCGCCAAUGGAAUUAUUUCACAGACUUAUUAAUCCGGACAAUGCUGGAAAGCGAAGACAACGUCAAGGAGUCGAUCAAGUGCAUACUAAGGCUGCCAUGUAAUCUGCCCCGAACUUUCCGGACGCUAUUGGAAGCUGAAGGCAUGAACGUGUUGCUGUACGGCAAGUGCAGCCCGGGCACAUGUUCAGAGCAGACUGAAGAGACGGCCAACAUUUUCCGCCACGUGGUAGAGGAGAAGCACCCGCUGCUCUACGCCGAGACCGUAACCUUCCUGAAGGAAAUCGAGAAACUUGGCGGCAUUGAGGCUUUUCUUCAGAAGAACGGAAUGACAGCCGUAUAAUUUUUAAUAGAUUUCAUUAAAGAUUGUUCUUGAUUUAACAGUGGAAAUAUUUUAGGUUAGGUUAGGUGUGAAGGCGAUCAAGAACUGGUAGGUUUUCAGUAAACGUCCAUUGAGGAUGAAGGGCAGCACUUCUUCGGGAUUAAUAACUAAUGUAAUAGUGAAAGUUUUCUCUGAGUUUUACUUUGAACAAAACAAUUGUCAGUGAACAUUCAAAAUUUCCUAGAUUAAAUGCACGAUAAAAUAAAUUUCUAUGGAUUUGAGGUUUCGAACUUCUUAAAUAGUAUUAGCAGCAAUUGAAUUUUCGAUUAUAGAAAAAUUUUUUUUUUCGAGUAUUCUUUAUUUGGUGUUGGUUCUAAUGCGACUUAGACUUAUGUGCGUUUAAUUAAAUAAACUUGUGCAUGUAAGAUAACUUGAUCCAAUAUUUAGAGAAAUCCUCUU